UUUCGCAUUGUCCAAUUGCUUAACCCCAUCACUCCCUGUUCUUUCUCUCUCUUCCUCAACCACUUUACUCUCUCCAUCAGGAGAUCUAAAAUCUCCCCAUUUUCUUACCCUAGAAAUCAACCACAGAUUCCACAGCUGCUUCAUUAAUGGCGAGCUACAUUCUCUCCAGGUCAUCCCUUCUUCUACUCCUGGCUUUACUCUCUCUCUUCUCCAGAAACUCGAUCUCGGAAGCUAAAUCCUCCUUCUCGUUCACAAGUUUCGGUAAAAAACCGAGCUUUGAUUCUGACGACAUUUCCCUUUACGGCGACGCUAAGCUCGUCGACGGCGGAUCCUCGAUUUCGAUUCAGCUGAAUGACUCAGUGAGCCAAGGUGAUGGGUUAGUUGUCUACAAGAAACCCAUUGAGUUCGUCGAGACUGAAUCCGAGUAUCCCGCUGGAUUUUCCACUUUUAUCUCUUUCUCGAUUUCUCCUAGUCGUGGUGGGAGGCUCGGAUUCGUCGCGUUUCCUGUUAAUGGGACAUCUGAUCACUCUUUAUUUGAAGUCAAGUUUGAUACUUCGGAAAAUUUCACCAAGAUUGGAGAUUCGAGUGUCGCGGUAAUAGUCGAUGGUACUAAUGUUCCUGAGAAGACUCGCGAUUUCUCAAUCGCAAACUUGCAGAAGAAGGAGGAGGAGAAGUUGGUGUUGUUGUACGCUUGGAUUAAUUACAUAGCAGGUGGUCAGUUCUUAGAAGUCCGGUUAAGCAAAUCAGAAAGCAUUAAACCUGUUGAUCCUGUGAUAUUUACUUGGAUCAACUUGUCGGGGAUGUUGAAAGGUAAAGAUGAGUUCAUGGUUGGUGUUAAGUCGUAUAACGGUACUUUUAAUCUCCAUUCUUGGAGCUUGGAAGCGAGACGCGUCCCUAAGGGUAUGCACUCUUAUGGGGCGCUUUUGGGGGCGAAGCUUAGAGAAGAGGAGGAGGCAAAGAGGCGGAGAAGAGAAAGGGUGUGGGAGAUUGUGAGUUGCUUCGGCAUGACCUUUGCAUCUACUGGGCUUGUGUUCUUCGCCAUGAUGCAUAUAUGGGCAGCUUUCAAAAGGAAGAAUAUUGUGAUGGUGAUGCAGGAGGAAUGUGGUAUCAAGACUAAGGAGUUUGAGUACGAGAAGAUGGAGAAAAUGGAAAUUGUGAUGAGUAAAGCUGAGGCGCAAGUAGUAAAGAAGUGAAGUCAAAUUUCGUUUUUUUUUGUGUGCUUUAGGAUAUGUGAUCUUUAUGUAAUCAAGUAGAUUUCUUGGGUUUGUAAUGGUGACUAGUAAUCCACGAUGUUCUUCAAUUGGCUACUGUAGCCCCCUUGUUUUUCUAUGUGUGUAAGCUUAUUACAUUGUUAUUAUUCUUUGGCA